CGGAGGAGCAGCAGCUAUGCAGCCGGUUUUCAAUCCUUUCUGCUUCGUUGUGCAGGCCUUGUUAUCAGCAUGGCCGCCCUUGCCGCCUGAUGGAUCAGUCGCUGUCGUACCAUUACCUUCCGGGAUACCGGUGCUGCCUUUUCCAAACGUUUCUUUGCCACUGAGGGAGCACACGGCAACAUUGACGGGCUUCACCAGGACAGUGUCAUCGGCAACGGCAUCAGUCACCACCACAGAUUUAAACGCACCGCCGGCAUCGUUUCCCUUUAGUGGGCACGGAGGAGCAGCAGCUAUGCAGCCGGUUUUCAAUCCUUUCUGCUUCGUUGUGCAGGCCUUGUUAUCAGCAUGGCCGCCCUUGCCGCCUGAUGGAUCAGUCGCUGUCGUACCAUUACCUUCCGGGAUACCGGUGCUGCCUUUUCCAAACGUUUCUUUGCCACUGAGGGAGCACACGGCAACAUUGACGGGCUUCACCAGGACAGUGUCAUCGGCAACGGCAUCAGUCACCACCACAGAUUUAAACGCACCGCCGGCAUCGUUUCCCUUUAGUGGGCACGGAGGAGCAGCAGCUAUGCAGCCGGUUUUCAAUCCUUUCUGCUUCGUUGUGCAGGUCAGUAAAUAUCCCUCUUUACAUGCUAAACGCUCACAUGAUGUUUGCCUGCUGCUCCUCCCAAGCCCAAUAGUUCUUUUGGAUAUUGUUAGUGAAUGUGCGCAUGUUGUCAUGUUGUUGUUGUUGGCUGGCGACGUUGAAACGAAUCCAGGGCCUGCCAAUGAUAGUGACGUUCUGGCUGCGAUUGCCACAUUGUCAGCAAAAGUCGAUGCAGGUCAUGCUGAGAUGAUGCAAAUGCUAACCGAAGUAAGACGGAAUCAAGAACAACUGGAACAAAAGGUGUCUGACAUAACAACCAGACUUUCCGCGGUCGAAUCCGUUGUUGAAUCGUUUGAUUCAUCUCGGCAUGACGAGAACCUACCUGGUAUUGUGAGCAGUGUUAUGAAUGAAACUGUAAUACUAAAUUCACGACUCGAUGAACUUGAGGAUAGAUCGCGACGUGACAAUUUGAUCUUUUACGGGCUUGUCGAUAGUCCUGCGGAAACCUGGGCGCAGUCCGAGUGCCAUGUUCGUGAGUCGCUCACCCGUAUUUUGAAUCUUACGUUUCCUGAUGACAGCAUUUCACGCGCACACCGUCUGGGUACGCACGUCUUGGGCAAAACACGGCCAAUAAUAGUAAAAUUUGGUUCCUCAAAACUGAAGGACAACAUCCUUUCUCAGCGUUCAAAAUUUCGCGGUACAGGCAUAUCUGUGGCUGAGGACUUUUGCCGAGCUACACGUCAAUGUCGAAAGAAACUUAUUGAAUUCGGCAAGAAUAGCGGCCAACAGUACACACUUCGUCUUAACAAACUGCAUAUAAAUAGGAAAACCUACGUGUAUUGUCCCACUACUGACCAGGUUUGCGAACUUCAUUCAGGCGUGGCUCCUGUCACUAACAAUAACAACCGUUCUUCCACAGGUACUAGCAGUGCACAUGCAGCAACGUCAUAGCUUAUUACUAACCCGAAUCGUAAACAGGUCUCUGUCUUCUAUUCUAACGUGCGCAGCGUAGGUAACAAACGCGAAUCUUUGUCCUCUCUAAUAGACACGUG